ACAAAAACCCACAAAUUCUGACAAACUCCAAGCAUUGAUUAUGCAAGAAUGGGCUGCCAUCAGUCAGGAUGUGGCCCAGAAAUUAAUUGACAGCAUGCCAGGACGGAUUGCAGAGGUCUUGAAAAAGGAGGGUCAACACUGCAAAUAUUGACUCAGCAUCAACGUCAUGUAAUUGUCAAAAGCCUUUGACACUUAUAAAAUGCUUGUAAUUAUACUUCAGUAUUCCAUAGUAACAUUUGACAAAAAUAUUUAAAGACACAAGCAGCAAACUGGAAAUUAAUGUCAUUCUCAACUUUUGGCCACGACUGUACAUUAGCUACUUGAGUGGAGAAAGAAGCGUAUGCGCAGGCUGAAGCGCAAGAGGCGAAAGAUGAGGCAGAGGUCAAAAUAGACUGCCCCCUUUACAAAACCAUGUCUGUGACCUUUCUCAUGGACACAACACGAGCACUUGGGAGGUCCUUGGUCCCAAGUCUGGAACAAGACACAGGCCAAUGAGAUGCUAUGAAGAGAUGGUGCUAUUGUUGGUCAACCACCUGCCUGGGAGAUUUGAUAUGGGGACAUUCUGUGUUCUUUACUCUUCUACGAAACCCUCCCUACUCCAUUGCUUUUGAUAUUUUCACAAAGUUUUUGAUUUAAAAUUAAAACGACUCAAUAUUGAUCUGAAACUGGGUCUAAAAAUGUUGAGGCCAUUAUUUUUCAUUAUGCCCAAUCAAGUUCAGUUGCAAAGAUUUGUAACGCUAACCUGAGGGGUAUCCUACGACGCAGGUUCAAGGUAACUUUGAACUCGGGAUAACCAGUCAUACUGAAGUGGCUCACCUUUUAGCUUGGUCAAUUUAGGGCAAUGAACUCUUAAACUAACCUGUUCCAGGUCUCGCUAACUAAUCGCCCAGAGUGAUUGAACUGAGUGGAGGCCUAAUCUGAUUACCCUCUUGCAAAGACUCAUCAUUUGAGGAAGACUGAUUAAAUGUUUUAUGACAGAAUGCAUGUGAAAAUUAAUGCAAUGCAACACUGACUUACAAAUAUGGGGGAUGCUUGUGCAUAACGCUACGUUUUUGACUGCUUCAAAAGGUUGGCUGCUUCGAUAGGCGUGACUGUAUUCAAACAUAUUUAGCUAAUGUGCCGCUAACAAACUACAUACUAUAGCCAAGUGAAAUAUAAGCUAGCAUAAUCUAAGGCUGAGGCCGUUUGGAUGUGCUGACAAAUUCUCUAAAAUGAGGUGGGUUACGGUACAAAAUAAACAUUCCCUGGUGGCUAUUCCUGCAGUCAGUAACCCAAUUGCAUGCGCCCUCAACUUGAGACAUAAAGGAUCAGGUGCUCACUAACAGGGAUGUGAACAAUUUGAGAAAUAAACUUUUGUGGAUAUGGAGUGUUUCUGUGAUCUUUUAUUUGAGCUCAUUAAACAUGGGGCCAGCACAUUACAUGUGUUCUCUAGUGCUGGAGAGAAUCUGUGAAGACAUAGAUCAUUGUCAGGGUUGUCUAAUUGGAAUAAAAAUUACGCCUGUUUCUUUUGAUGUCUGUCCUCAGAUAUGGAGAGCUGUGAAAGCCUGUCUGCAGAUGAGGUCACAGUGAAUGUCCCAAGAGACUGCUGGCACAUCCUUGUAUGUGUACUUAUGUUAGCAAAUGUUGUCUACAACAAUACAGUUAAACGUCACAAAUGAUAGGUUACAAAGGUAUUUCAACUGCAACAGGCCAAUCCUUCUGCUGGGUGUGCAGGCUUUUGUUCCAGCCCAGCACUAACCUGAUUCAAUUGAUCAAACUUAAUAAGUUGAUGUGUUAUGUCUGGUCUGGAAAACAAGUCUUCUCACCCAGUAGAUGAGGGAGUGUAGCAAGUUUGCCCACCUUUGGUAUGGAUAUUCUUGUUCACCCCAAAUUAUGCUUUCGUAUUAACAGCCGACUUACUAAGAUGUAUAAUAUUUACAAACAAGUUUGAUUGUUGGUACAUUUUGAAAUAUGUUGAUUCACUGAAGUGUUUAAACUUGUUUUUGUUAAACCUCAACAUUCAAGAUGAACCAGGGUUCAUUUUUUAUCACAGAUCACAAUUCUGCAAUAUAAAAGGUAUGAAGGAGAUCUGUCUCUAAUUUGUUUGUGUUUCUGUGUUGCUUUCUCAAAUGAACAUGACCUUUUUGUCUAGUUGUGAGCUCCCCGAUCUGCUUCGGUUAUCUCUCUUGUCUCAGGAUAUCAGCCAAAGUGAACCCGUUUCGCUGCUUAUAAUGUCAUGCGUCACCAAUUCAGCCUUAGGCCUACGGUAUGAUGGCAUUAUUGGCCUAAUGGGGAUGUGCAAUCAAUGUGCCCCUUGCCAUUAUAUGUCUGAAGCAGAGAAUAGUUAAACUCAAACAUCAUUUGCAUAUUGUUGAGCUAGCUGCAGUAUAUGUUCUCCAUUUAAAAUUAUACCAGUAGAUAAUGUAUAUGAGUGUAACCAUAAGCCAUAUUUUCUAUAUUAUUUUUCUAACUAUAAAUUGUUUACUGCAAAACCAACCCUUGUAUUCUAGGUACAGUACUGUACAUGAAAAUAAGGUGCUGACAAUUUUUCAGUUAAUUCAAUUUUUAAAGAAUUUAAACAAUGGGGUGUGGGGAGAGUUGUAAUUCUACCUUGUUUAUUUGCUGAGAAUUAUUUUAGAAUGCCAAGACAAAAUCAGAAGGUCAAUGGCAUGGAGGAGGAGGAUUGCAGAGAUUUUGGUGUUGAUGGUGGGCGAAGAGAGAUUUGCACAACAAUGUUUGCAAGUUAAAGUCACCAUUUCCUUUACCCAAAGUACCCAUUCAUGUGCAUGCAGACCUAUGUAUUUUACAUGUAGGCCUAUGUACUUUACAUUAAGGCCUAUGUAUUUUACGUGUAGACCUAUGUAUUUUACGUGUAGACCUAUGUAUUUUACAUGUAGACCUAUGUAUUUUACAUGUAGACCUAUGUAUUUUACAUGUAGACCUAUGUAUUUUACAUGUAGGCCUAUGUACUUUACAUUAAGGCCUAUGUAUUUCACAUGUAGACCUAUGUAUUUUACAUGUAGACCUAUGUAUUUUACAUGUAGGCCUAUGUACUUUACAUUAAGGCCUAUGUAUUUCACAUGUAGACCUAUGUAUUUUACAUGUAGACCUAUGUAUUUUACAUGUAGACCUAUGUAUUUUACAUGUAGGCCUAUGUACUUUACAUUAAGGCCUAUGUAUUUUACGUGUAGACCUAUGUAUUUUACAUGUAGACCUAUGUAUGUUACGUGUAGACCUAUGUAUGUUACGUGUAGGCCUAUGUAUUUUACAUGUAGGCCUAUGUACUUUACAUUAAGGCCUAUGUAUUUCACAUGUAGACCUAUGUAUGUUACGUGUAGGCCUAUGUAUUUCACAUGUAGACCUAUGUAUGUUACGUGUAGGCCUAUGUAUUUCACAUGUAGACCUAUGUAUGUUACGUGUAGGCCUAUGUAUUUUACAUGCAGACCUAUGUACUUUACAUUAAGGCCUAUGUAUUUCACAUGUAGACCUAUGUAUGUUACGUGUAGACCUAUGUAUUUUACAUGUAGACCUAUGUAUGUUACGUGUAGACCUAUGUAUGUUACGUGUAGGCCUAUGUAUUUUACAUGUAGGCCUAUGUACUUUACAUUAAGGCCUAUGUAUUUUACGUGUAGACCUAUGUAUGUUACGUGUAGGCCUAUGUAUUUUACAUGUAGGCCUAUGUACUUUACAUUAAGGCCUAUGUAUUUCACAUGUAGACCUAUGUAUGUUACGUGUAGACCUAUGUAUUUUACAUGUAGACCUAUGUAUUUUACAUGUAGGUCUAUGUAUUUUACAUGUAGACCUAUGUAUUUUACGUGUAGACCUAUGUAUUUUACAUGUAGACCUAUGUAUUUUACAUGUAGACCUAUGUAUUUUACAUGUAGACCUAUGUAUUUUACAUGUAGACCUAUGUAUUUUAAAUGUAGAACUAUGUAUUUUACAUGUAGACCUAUGUAUUUUACAUGUAGGCCUAUGUAUUUUACAUGUAGGCCUAUGUAUUUUAUAGGAAGUGAGCUAUAAUCAUCAAUCUCAUGACACAGGUAUACUGAAAGAGCCAUAAACUAUAAUAUAUGAGAAUCAUAAUGUUAAGAUACCAUAAUUCAAUUGGUAGCAUACAGUGCAUUCGGAAAGUGCUCAGACCACUUGACUUUUUCC